AUGCCAAAGGAAUAUCCAUGCACCGAGCCUGGCUGCGGGAAGUCCUUCCUUCGACCAGAACACCUGUCUCGACAUCGUCUGAACCACCGUCCCAAGCAGAUCUACCAAUGCCCCUCAUGUCCCAAGCGCUUUGUCCGCAAGGACCUGCUGCGGAGACAUGAGAAGCGACAUGAGAAGGGCAUGUGGUUCCGCAACUCGGGGGGCUACACGGGCCCAUCGCCCAUGCAGGAUGCCUCCCCAGAUCCUCCCCAACGCUCAGUCCGGGAGCCUGCUGCAAUGUUUACCGUCGAGAAUGACGACGUGCGAGGCGUCCCAACGGCAUCCAGCGAGAAGAGCCAUGACGACGCGGAUGAUGACACCGCCGAUAAAGGUGACCAUCCCGUCAGUCAUGACCAGCAAGCCAUGGUGCCAAUGGACUUUCGCAACGACAUGAUCAACCCCCUGACGGAUGAUCAUGUCGCCUCUCUCUUCUUUGAUCCAUCUUUCAACAUCCCAGAUCCUUCUCUGGACUUUGAAUGGCUCUUUGACAACAUCUCAGCCGAUUUCAACUCCGCCAACGGGGGUCUCCCCGUGGUAUCCCCACAGAGCAGUGCAUCGGCGGCAGGCAUCUCGCCGCCAUCCUUCCCCAUGCAAUCUCCUCACAUUCGCUCCCCAGCUUCCUCUCACUCAUCGUCCUCCUCUCCCUGGGUUGCUGUUCGAGCGAACCUGCUGACGGCGUUGAACACCCUGGCCCCUGACAUUCUCAUGUCCUCGUUCUUCUAUCCCUCCAAUCUGGCCCAUUUCUACGAUCUCUAUUUUGAAAACUACCAUCCUCAUUUCCCUAUUCUACAUAAGCCGACUCUGGACCCGAUGAAGGCCCCUCCUCUACUCAUUGCCGCCAUCGUGACGCUGGGAUCGACCCUGUCAAGCGAUGCCGCUCACUUUGAGACAUCCAUCAAGAUCCACGACUCUCUUCGCUAUAUUAUCUUUAAUACCGGAGAUUUUGAGCCCCCUGCCUCGCUCUGGUGUGUCCAGACGCUGCUUCUAAUACAGGCACACGAGAAAAUGUUUUCGACCAGAAAACACCAUCAAUUGGCACAUAUAUUUCACGGCGCCAUCAUAACUCUCAUGAAGCGAGGAGUGGCAUACUCGUCGGUACAAAGUGCAUCGUCUAAUCGGGAAUUGACGCCCCUGGAACAAUCAUGGCAUCAAUGGAUCGAAACCCAGUCCUCGAAUCGCACUGCCUUCUUCGGCUUUGUCAUGGAUGCGCAGCACAGCUUCAUGUUCGGACACACCUGCAUUCUGUCGGUACACGAUGUGCGUCUGCCAUUGCCGUGCGCAGACAGUCUGUGGGAGUGUGACAAUGUAGAAGAAUGGAGUCGAUUGAUGCGCAAAACUCCAGAGUCUCCUGGCUUCCUUCCCGUCUUGAAAAGGCUUUUGGGGCGCACUCCGAUUCCGCCUCACUGCAGCGCGUAUGCGCGGCUAAUCCUGCUGCAUGGGUUGUUUAGCGUGACAGCCCAUAUGAAGGCAAGAGAUUUGGCUACCCUCGGCGUCGGACGCAUGUCGUCGGCGAGUUCGCCCCGGAUGGGUCCGAUCGACACCUGGAAGGAUACGCUGGAGAGGGCGAUGGACACGUGGUCAUUUUCUCUGGUCUCGCGAAGCUCCUCUCUGGCACUGGAGGCGUCCAAACCUCUUUAUCGGAUGGCAUAUGUGGCCAUUUACACCGAUAUCACCGACAUCCACAUUCUCGCCGGGGCUCCGUCUCUGUUGGGCACUCUGCUGUCGGCGAAUGACCGAUUGAGAGCCACAGCCCGGGUACGCGCGUGGAGCGAUAAGCAAGAGUCGAAGAAGGCUCUCUACCACUGUCUGCUACUCAUCCAGGAGAUCAUCUUCACGGGACAACAGUAUCGGGCGUGCACCGACAAUAUCGCGUUACGGCCGUGGUCUCUGUAUCACGCAGCACUCAUUCUGUGGGCAUACGGGUUUAUGGCACGGGAAAGAGGGUUCCCCCCAGAGAGGCGCCCGUCGAGUAGCGCGGAAGAGUAUCUUGUGCGCAUGCUGAUGCUGCUGCGGAACGACUCUGAGGAGAUUGGCAGCGCAGCACAGCAGACGAGAGAGCUACUGCAAGCUGUGCGGGAAACCCUGGAAGGGUGUCGAUGGGAGUUGCUCCAGGAAGCCUACGAGACACUUGGAAGGUUGAUUGCAACAUGA